CAGAUCUACUGUGGCUCCAUGUUGUAUUAACUUGUCCACCACCUCCACAUGUCUAUUCUGAGAUGCAGCCAUCAGUGAACUCCACCCAUUCUGACGUGACACACAGAGUAGUAGGUCUACUGUGGCUCCAUGUUGUAAUAACUUGUCCACCACCUCCACAUGUCCAUUCCGAGAUGCAGCCAUCAGUGAACUCCACCCAU